CGGCAGAUAUGAUGGCCCAUCACUCAGCUAAGAAAGAGAGGGGAAGAAUCGGAGAGAAAAGACCUUUUCUUCGUCUUCCUCUGAAAAUUUUCAUCUCCCUCUGUUGAAUUUCGCCAUUUUUGUGUCUUUCAUCGUUUCUUGUUUUGCAUCCUAACCCUCUCUUUGUUUCUCUCAUUCUCAGAUAAAAUUUUCUGCCCUCAAAAUGAUAAAAUUUCAUUGAAAACCCGAUUUUAUAUUGUUUUUUUCUUCCUUUUUUUGCCCAAAGCAAGUCUUCAAUCUCGGAUUCCUAGAUCUGUUGGAAUUCAUUUCUGGGAAAUACCCAUAUAUUUGAUUUACACAGAAGAUAUCUAUCCAUUUGGUUUUUUGAUAAAGCGUGUGAAAUUAUGGACGAAUUUGGCGUUUUAACAGAGCGUUACGGCUUAAAACCGCAAGGAAAAUCGGUUCCGAUGUCGCAGGGCAAACGAUCCACCGCCACCGCCGCUGCUACCGCAACCACCGACUGGGGUUUCGGGUUCGAUUCAGGCUCGAACCGAAACCCCAUGUCGUUCUCUUCAAAAUCCUCGCGGAACUCGGGUCCCAAUAGCGGUUCUUUGCUCGACGAUCACGACUUUUUCCCCAAGCAAAACUCCCGUAAUUUUUUUGGUUUGGGCGACGAUUUUGGUGGUUUUCAAAACGCCACGACGAAGCAAUCUAAUACAAGUAAUAAUAACAGUAGUAGUAACGGAUCAUCUUUCGAUUUGGCUUCAAUGUUAUUGAAUUCAGGCUCAAUAUCUUCAUAUGCGAAUUCGUACGUUGUUGAUGAUUUAUUUGGAGGAACGACCGUCUCACAAAAUGCAAAUAACGAUGAUGAUUUUGGAUCCUUCGUCUCUUCCACCAAGCAAAAGGGUUCUGCCGGUGACUUGCUGGGUGAUUUUAGUGGCGUGGCGGCGAAAUUGAAGAGUUCUAGCAGGAAUGGAUCGUGGGAUUCGGCGAAUAAUGAGGCUGGUGUUGAUGAUUUGAUACCCGGGUUCGGUGCAAGCAGCCCUUCAGUUAAUAGGACUAAUGUUAAGACAACCAAGUCAACCAGAUCAUCAGAGGAACCUUUUGUUGUAUUAGACUCUGAUUUCGGCACAGAAUAUAAUUUCUCAGAAACGCCCACGGAUCCACUGGGAGAAUUCAGCGUUCUUAAUCGAUCUGGAGGAACAAAGCUUCGUGGUUCUUCAAAUGCUUCACAAUCAUUUAGGUCUCCUCCAAAACCAGCACAAGUUUCUAAAGAAGAGAAAGCCAAGAGUUCUGGUGCAUCUCUGAUAGAUGAACUUGAGGACUUUGCCAUGGGGAGAGCGCACAAUAAGUCUAGUAGACCUAAAGAAGCUGAAGAUGCUACGAAAAAGACUCAAUCAAAUGGAGAAGAUGACCUGGAAUCCUUUUUUGGUGUGAGUUCCAGAUCAAAUAGUGCACCAAAGACAAGGGCAACUACUUUGGACCCUAUAUUUGAUAAAAAUAUGCACAACAGACAGCAAAAGACAUCUGCAGGUGCACCAUCCACUGCAAAGAAGGCUUCUCCUGUCACUAUGAUGAAUGGAAUGGAUGACCUCUCUUUUAUUUUUGGAGCUGCCUCAAUGUCUGGAGAAUUUGAGGAAGUUGCUGGGGAAAGUGAAGAAAGACGAAGGGCCAGAUUGGGACGUCAUCAAAGGACCCAGGACAGAGUGGCAAGAGCAGUUGCUGAUAUGAAUCAGCGUGAUCGUCAAUCACAGAAUGAGCAAGAAGAGAGAUAUAGGAUUGCUGAAGCUAUGGAUUUUGAGAUAAAACGCUGGGCUGCAGGGAAGGAAGGCAAUAUGCGUGCACUGCUUUCAUCAAUGGAACAGGUACUUUGGCCUGAAUGUGGUUGGGAGCCAGUUUCAUUGACUGAUUUGAUUACCUCUGGCUCAGUCAAAAAAGUUUAUAGAAAGGCCACAUUAUGUGUCCACCCUGAUAAGGUUCAGCAGAAAGGUGCCACUCUUGAACAGAAAUAUAUUGCUGAAAAGGUUUUCGAUAUUCUCAAGGAAGCUUGGAACAAGUUCAACAAGGAAGAACUUUAUUAAAACCUGUAAAGUAUAAAUAGCUCAUUUGAAGAAUCGAGCUAUUUUUAUUUGGGAAUGGUUCCUUCUUGAAACAGAAGGUGCAAGAACAGCCGUAGCAGUGUUAUGGGUUCGCAAUGAUGACACGGUCCAAACUCACGGGAACUUUUAUCAAGGAAUGAGGCGAUUUGGUAAGGAGUAAAUUUUUUUUGUUUUCGUGUAUGACUGUAAAUUAAUAUACGUUAAUCAGGAAGCAAGUAGAUUUCGCCAUAUGUUUCAUUUAUUUUUGCUUUGAUAGACUUCUCUUCUCUCUCUCUCUCUCUCUAUAUAUAUAUAUAUAUAAAAUAUAAGAAAAUCGUCUUUGUUGUAAUUUCAGAUCAAUUGUAUUAAUUAUCAUUUUCUUUGUUGAAUAAAUUUAAUGCCGAGCGUUUGAAUUUGAA